AUGGAUGUCGACGUUGUUUCCAUCCCGUCCACCGAUAACGAGGCCCCCGAGGAGAAUCGACGCGAGAGCGCUGGAGGACGAGAUGUCGUUGCCGCCGUACUCCCAUCCAUGCACGUCGACGGAGCGGCCCAGAGCGGCGAAGAUGCACAGCACCCUGGCGCGGAGCCCCUCGCGCCCAUCCAGCACCCGGCCCGUGUUUCGCACGACGAGGGAAUGGUGACGGGCCCCGACGAGAAUCGACGCGAGAGCCCUGGAGAACGAGAUGCCGUUGACGGGGGCUUCAAUCAACAAUCAGGACCUCAUGAUUUCCUCGGAGCGCCUCGGGCCCUGCUGCUGGACGUGCUCGUCCUCAGCUGCCAGCCCAGCCGGCUGAAGAGGUCGAUGAAGACGAUAUCGACGGCGCCACGAGUGCCUCUGGUACCCCCCAUCGGCCCUGACCUGACCGAGGACCCGAACGAGGGCCAUUUCGAGCUUCUCGUCGAUGUCUCUGAGGAGAUCGACCGCAACGUCCCUACGGGCAUGGCGGUCUCUCACGCGAAGGAGCUUCGCAACACCCAGGUCCGCAUUAUCUAUAACCGUCGGAAGACCGUGGUUAGCCUCGCCUCCCCCGCCCCUGCCCAUACCGGUGUCCCCACAGAGGACGACUUUGAUCUCCCUGUUGCGGUAUCGCAGGAGGUCGAUCGCGAGGCACUCACGAGCAUAGCCGUCUCCUUGGCCAAGACCCUCCGCGGGAUAAACAUUCGCGUUAUCUCUAACCGUAAAGAGAUCGUCUACCUCUUAAGGACUCUAAAUUCCGACCGGGAGUCCGCCCUCAAGGCGAACCUCCUUAAGGAGUUCAAAAUCCUCAACGGCAGGCCCCGUCGCCACGGGCAGAAAAACGAGACCGUUACCCUAAAGGUGCUCAAAAAGCACUUAGCCAUCUCGUCCAACGACGUCCGCAGAAUCAUCAAAGCUACCAAGUUACCUUGGAUUCUAGCCUUGGUCUGGGGUCGCGGCAGCGUCAUGUCCCCACCCCCUGAACAAGAGCGGAUAAUUGACUUCCCCGUCGAAGCUUUCACCGACGAUACCAUCAACCUUACGAAACCACUACCAUUCGUUCUCACUAUAGGCCAUACCAGGGGCCCGCGGAGGCAAUCGGCUACGAGUUCAUCCAUUGCUGUCACACACCUGAGCGCCCCUCAGACUAGUGAAGCGCCCACAGCCGUCGUAGCGAGUCAGCAAUACUGCCCUGGGCCCGAUUCGAGUUGCGAGACACACGAAAGGGCGGGCCGGCUGCUCCGCGUCUGCACCUUCUUCCCCCGCUUCGAAGGCGCCAAAACCGUGUUCCGCGUCACCUAG